AGAAAUACUCUUCAAUUAAGAGAAUUACUGGACACUGACAAAAUCGUGACUUCCUUGUUUGUAUGAAAUCAUGGAUAAGCCACCACCGCCCCGUCGUAGACAUUCAAGCACUAUCAGAAGAGAUGACGCAAAAUCAAAUGUUGAUAUUCUACAGCUGAUGGGGUUUCCAAAACAUAGAGCAGAGAAAGCUAUUGCUGCAACCGGAGACAAAGGAGUAAAUCUGGCAUCAGAUUGGUUGUUGUCGCAUGUAAAUGACCCGGAUAUUGAUUCUCUGACCCCGCGGCAGUAUGUACUCUACCUGUGCCCAGUGGGCCCGCUGCAGGAACAAAUGAUGAAGUUUUACAAUGACUCUUUGAAAACAUGCGGCUGGAACGGAUCGCACUCUUACUUCCCCCAUAUUACACUAUGUCCAUUCUUUAAUGUUGAAAACAGCAAGACCCAUGUUGUGAAGGAAGCCAUGAAAAACAUAGAGCACUAUUUGUUGAAUACACCAGGCCCGUUAAAACUGGACUUCUUUAGUCAGACAAAUUUUAUUGGACUUUUUGUACAGGAUGACUAUUACAGAUAUCUGUCAGAGCUAGUCAAAAUCUUUGCUAAAGAUUGCAAGGCAUAUGGUAUAGAUGUAGAACCACCAAAGAAGCAGCUACAUGUAACAUUGGCAUACCAGUAUUCCGGGGAGCAGCAUGAUAAAUUAACUAGUUUAGCUAAACAGAUUGAUCUCAGGGCAGAAUGUGUGUGGGAACUCAGGGCAUACUCUAGGGAUCCAAGAAUUGGGAAAAGUGAGGUAAGGAAAGUGAAGCAGGCUUACAAAGGUUCUCUUGAGGAUGAGUUAGACUUGAUAAUGGGAGACUACGUGUUCAUGGAUAUGAAUGAGAGCACUAGAAGUACAGAUAAAUGGUAUAACGGAACAUCCUGGCUUACUGGACAACAAGGAAUGUUCCCUGGACCAUUCACAGAGAGGACGGCUGAAACUUGGACAUGGGCACUACAUGAAUCACAUUUAAUGGGAACAAAUGAAGAGGAAGGAGCGGCAGCAGCCCCACUGACUAACGGGGUACGGCCACCACCAUGUACAGGUGGUCAGGAGGAAUAUGAGGCCCUCUGGAAAAAUCCCGAUGACCUCUAUGCAAAGGUGAACAAGCCACACAAAGAAAAAAGAGGGCUAUUAAUAGAUCACCCAAUCCCAGAGAAAAGAGAACCUGUGGUAGAGAAGAAACCACCUGUAGUAGAGAAGAAAGAACUAGGUCCACGUCAGUUAUAUGUGAUACGUCAUGCAGAGAGAAUGGACUUCCUGUUUGGGAGAAGUUAUUGUGACACAAUAUUCGAUGAUGCAGGUGAAGCUUUAAAGACAAAGGGUGUAGUAUUUCAUCAUGUCUAUGCCUCCCCAUCAUUUAGAUGUGUACAAACAGUCACUGAGAUUCUAAGAAGUAUGGGACAACAAAAUAUUCCUAUAAGAGUGGAACCAGGCAUAUUUGAAUGGCUGGGCUGGUACCAGUUAGGAUUACCUAGGUUUUUCACACCAACAGAAUUGAAAGGACAUGGGUAUAACGUGGACGUUAACUAUCAACCUGUUAUCACAACAGCCAAGUUUGACAUGGAGGAGGAUAUUCAAGAUUAUUAUAAACGAUCGGGAGAAACUUCGAAAAGAAUACUCGCCAAACAUCAACAUGAAGGUGGAAAUGUAUUAAUGUUGGGACAUGCAGGCUCAGUGGAGGUCUGUGUUAGACAACUUGUUGGCAAGAGUCCAAGAAGUACGCAAGAUUUUCGCGAAAUUUGCCCAAAAGUUCCGUACUGUGGACUUAUAGUUUGUCAGGAAGACCCACAAACGAGAAAAUGGUCGGUGAUAGACACUCCUAUAUUACCGUUUACGCAUGGACAGAAUAAAAAAGUCGUAGUGAAAGAACUUCUCUAUCCUUCCUAGUUAUAACUACAGUGCUUUCAUUGUUGUUACCGAAAACCUUUUUUAGCUGUUACAAAGAAAAACUUUGAUCUAUUAUGAUCGCUAUGUCGUCGCUGUUGAUAUCAUGAAAAGCUGUAAUGUUGCCUAUUAUUCAAAUAUUUUAAAUGGUAUCAACAGGAUUAGCCUGUCUCUUUUAAGAAAAAAGGCAAGCAAAUAUAGUCCAUGUGUCGCCCUUUUCGUCCUGCAAAAACUUUGUUGUAGCCCAUUUCUUACACAAUUUUAAAGGUAUCAACAUGAAACUGAAUAUUUAAUAAUCAUGAUAUCUAGAAGUAGUUGUUAUGACCUAGAAUAUUUAUGAAAAUUUGUUAUUACGGUAACUGACAAGACUUAACACUGCUUGCAGUGCACUUGUUAAAGGAUUUUAGCUGAAGUUUGAUUUCAUAUGCAAUUUUUCAC